CGAAAAUUAAGUACUAUACGACGUCCGUACAAUAAUACUAUGCAUGAAUUGAAACCAUCUGGCCGCACAACAGUUAAGCAAACCUGUAGCCAAUAACAGCUCAUUGAUAUUGCUUACGCCUGGCCAUAUGACCCGAAACGAUCACUCUACCCACAAUACUCAUAGCACUCUACAAACUACCUAGUAGGUAACAUUUAUCGGUUUAAUGUUAAAGUACAUUCGGAGACCUGCCUGUAUCGUACUAAGUGAAUCAGUCAGUCCGGUCACGUGUGUACCCCGCAUUCCUUUUCCCCUCGUUGCCUAUCCUUGACCUCUACUAUACUUCACGCCUAUUCUUCCUUUUUUACUCUUCUUCACUCUUCUUUCCACACUUUCAUAUUCCAAUGCCUUCGCUUUUGGAAAUAGCUGAACACAACACCCAUGACGACUGCUGGGUUGUCAUUCAUGGAAAGGCGUAUGACGUGACGGGGUUCCUCGACGAGCACCCGGGCGGCUCCGCCAUCAUCAUGAAGUUUGCAGGGAAGGAUGCGACCAAGAAGUUCGACCCGAUCCACCCACCAGACACUUUGGACAAGUUUUUAUCACCUGAAUGCUACAUGGGCGAGGUUGAGGACGAGGCAGAGGAAGAGGAGGAGGAGGAACUCACAGAGGAGGAGCUCGCGCGCGCGGAGAUGGUAACACGCAAGCCGUCACUCGAUGCGAUCUACAAUUUGACGGAUUUCGAACACGUUGCGCGCCACACGAUGGACCCAACAGCCUGGGCGUAUUAUUCCUCCGGCAGUGACGACGAAAUAACAAUGCGCGAGAACCGCAACGCGUACCAGCGCAUUUUCUUCCGGCCACGCAUCAUGGUGGAUGUCUCUAAGAUCGACAUGUCCACCACAAUGCUUGGCUGCAAGACCAGUGUUCCAUUUUACAUCACCGCCACAGCGUUGGGCAAGCUCGGACACCCGGACGGUGAGACGGUCUUGACGCGUGCGGCGGGGAAAGAGGGCGUGAUCCAGAUGAUCCCGACGCUCGCGUCGUGCGCGUUUGAUGAGAUAGUGGACGCAGCGGAUGGGACCCAGACGCAGUGGUUCCAGUUGUACGUCAACGCGGACCGUGCGGUGUGCCGCAAGUUGGUGGAGCACGCGGAGGCGCGCGGUGUGCGCGGCUUGUUCAUCACAGUCGAUGCGCCACAGCUCGGCCGUCGCGAAAAGGACAUGCGUUCCAAGCACUUUGAGGAAACGACAGAUGUUCAGCAGGAGGAGGAAGAAGAGGAGAAAAUUGACCGCCUGCAGGGCGCUGCGCGCGCCAUCAGCUCGUUCAUCGAUACAUCUCUUAGUUGGAAGGAUGUUGCGUGGUUCCGCUCUAUCACCAAGAUGCCGAUCUUGUUGAAAGGGGUCCAGUCAGUUGACGAUGCGCUUUUGGCGGCGGAGCACGGCUGCGACGGGAUUGUGUUGUCGAACCACGGCGGGCGCCAGUUGGAGUUUGCGCCGUCCGCGAUUGAGAUCUUGACCGAGGUCAUGCCUGCGUUACGCGCGCGCGGCGUCGAUACGAACAAGUUCCAGGUGUAUGUGGAUGGUGGGGUCAGAAGGGGCUCGGAUAUUAUCAAGGCAAUUUGUUUGGGGGCAAAGGGCGUUGGUUUGGGCCGGCUGUUCCUCUACGCGAUGAGCACUUACGGGGAACAGGGGGUCAGAAAGGCGAUUAACAUCUUGCAGGACGAGAUCGAAAUGAACAUGCGGUUGUUGGGGGUAACGAGCAUUGCGCAGCUAAGCGAGAAGUAUGUGGAUGUGUUGGGGUUGAAGAACGGCAGGGGAGUACCAGAGGAUUAUUUGUUUAGGGAGGUGUACCAGCCGAUGGCAUUGCCAAGGUUCAAGUCGAAGCUUUAGGACGUCAAGGAAGAAAUUGCUUUGUGAAAACUCGGGAGGUUCAAGGGCAGAGGCCAUGAUAUCCGCGGGAAGAUUAAUUAUAGGAUGUGCUUGUGGUACUGAUCUUCCCGUCACUUAGUUCCUUUCUCGAGCCAUUUUCUUGCUCCUGCUUUUUUGGUAUUUACUCUGAAAACUCCUUUUUUUU